CACCGCAGCGCAGUAUCGUACCCCCCGUUUUUGUAUUACCGCUUUCCCCUAACAAAUCAUACAUCACCUCGAAAACAGCAGACUCGAUUCCUUGUCGGUUUGUCCUAUACUCCAACCACUUGCAAUUUGCACCACUUUCAGUGACAUACUUUUAGUCAUUCGCAAUUCCAUCCUCUGUGCUGUUCCGUUUCCUCUUGUCGAAUCUCGAUCUUCCUUUCAGAACCCCUGUUUGAAGAUGUCUGUCGGGAUCUUCACAGCUCCGGUAACUGGGUCAGGAUUUAUUGGCUUGAAAUCCAACUCGAGAAAGCUGCCGGUAAAAGAUUCUACUGGAUGGAACCAGAAAACUGUAUCUAACGGUUCUAGAACUUUCUGCAUGAAGACAUGGAAUCCCAUUAAUAACAAGAAGUUCGAGGCACUCUCCUAUCUCCCUCCUCUCUCGGAUGAUUCAAUCGCAAAGGAGAUAGACUACAUGAUCAAAAAGGGAUGGAUCCCUUGCCUUGAGUUUGACCAGGUGGGGAAUGUUCGUAGAGAGAAUAGCCGAAUGCCAGGAUACUAUGAUGGGAGGUAUUGGACAUUGUGGAAGCUGCCAAUGUUUGGCUGCAAUGACUCAUCUCAAGUCCUCAAUGAAAUCGAAGAGUGCAAAAAGACGUACCCAAAUGCCUAUAUACGCUGCUUGGCUUUUGACAACAAGAAGCAGGCGCAGUGCAUGGCCUUUGUUAUUCAGAAACCGACUGCCACCAGCGGCAGCACCGGCACUUAAGAUGAUUCAGUCUCCUUACCCAAAGAUUUCCAAAGGUUUCUCCUCAAGUAUGUUUUUUUUUUUUUUUUUAAUUCCCUAUCUGCGGUGUACCAAUAAGAAAUCUGGGUGCUUGUGAGGAGGAUUCCUCCAUCUCAAACCACUUCAAUGGUUGGCAACUUUUUAAUACGUGUUGCAUCUUUGAGGAAGAUACUCAAAUGAAGUUGUAUUCAUAAUCUACUUUUA